AUGAAAUUUGGUAAAAAAAAAGAAAAAGAUAAUGAAAAUCUAGGUGAAAAUGUGAAUGAAAAACAAGAAAAACCUGAAAAGAAAAAAGAAAAAAAAGAAAAACAAGGAAAAACAAAAAAGAAAGAUGAAGUAAUAGAGAGUGCACCAACAAAAAAGAUUUUUGGCGGAUCAUUACCAUUUUUAUAUGAAGAAGAGUUACCAAGUAUUUUAGUUCAAUGUAUAGAUUAUUUAGAAUGCUAUGGUUUACAAACUCCUGGUAUAUUUAGAGAAAAUGGUUCAUUAUCAUCAAUUCAAAAUUAUAGACAAAUGUUUGAUCAAGGUAAACCUGUACAAUUUCCACAACAUGAAGCCCAUGUAGUUGCUUCACUUUUAAAAGCCUACCUUAGAGAACUAAAAGACCCAUUGUGUACUUUUGAACACUAUGAUAUGUUUGUUGCUUGUGAAUCAAUUUCUGACGAAAAGGUUAAAGUUGAGCUACUUAAAAAAGUUAUUACACAUUUGCCACCAUACAACAGAAAAGUUUUUAAAUAUAUUUGCUCUUUCUUAUUAAAGGUUGUUGAAAACUCUGAAGUCAAUAAGAUGUCCCCUGAUGCAUUGAGUGUUGUAUUUCUACCAACAAUUUUAAGACCAAAAGCAAAUACAGAUUUAGAAAUUUUACAAUUUACUGUGGAGGAUUCAAAAUCAACCAAAACUUUAAUGUCCAGUAUUUUAUUAAACUAUGAAGAAAUUUUUGAAGAUCCAACUCUAUUCCAACCAAGAAGAGCAAGAGCACAAACUGAUUUUGUUUCACCUUCAUCAUCACAAAAUUCAACUGCAUCAAUGUUAUCACAAAAAGCAGCAUUAAGUCCAAGAUCACCUGCCCAAACCUCACCAAACUUUUCACCACAAAACACACCAACGCUUAAUGGUGGCAACUCCAAUAGUUCCCUACCAACCUCAUUACCACAAUUAACACCAAUUUCAACAGCACCAUCAAGUACAAUCUCUGCAUUGGUUGAUCUACAACAAUAUAAACAACCUUUACCACUACCACCAUUAUCAUCCUUACCACUACCACCACCACCACAAUCAAAUAGUUCAGCAGCACCCCCCUCAAUUGGUAGCAUUUUACCACCACCACCACCAUUACCAAAUAAGAAAGAUUGUAAAAUUAAUUUAAACAAUUAUAAUUUAUUACCAAAUCCAAAUGCAAAUUCAAAUAGCAAUCCAACCAUCUUACCACCAAUAGAAUCUAACCCAGCUCCAAUUGCCAUUCCAGUUACAGCUAUAGAAACAAAACAAGACAAUAAUUUAACACCGACCAAACAAGACAAUUUACAUAACAAUAUUUCACCAAGAAAUGGUAAUAAUUUACCUGCAUUACCACCAAAACCUCCCUCGUUAACACUUCCAACAUUACCACCAAAACCAAUUCCAAAAGUUCCAAAUUCAAAUAUUUUCGAUAUCGAGAAUGUUAGACAAAGGUCAAAUACAACAUUUGUUUAA